UCAGUGUCACAUGCUUGGCAGUAGAGUCAGAGCGGGAUCAUGGCAGCAGUGAGACGCCGCCGCUGUUGCUGGUGUGUGUCUGCUGUGAUUAGGUGCUGAUGCUUUCUGCUGCAUCUGUUUUGUCAGGGCAGACUGUAGUGAUCGAAAGAGAAAGGCAAUGGAGUACAUGCUGACCCAAAGUAUCGAUAACGCCAGGUUGGAAUUGCUGCUGGAGCUAGACGUGAUGGAUUACCUCGAGGCAUUUUACCCCUUGGAGGACACAGCACUCUACCAGGACAAUAUGCUGUCGCUGGAGCAGCACUCGGAUGAAGGAGUGCCAGAGAAUAGGGCCAGGGACGGUCAACAGCCGACCUUCUACUCUGUCAGAUAUGGCACAGUAGAGGAUUUACUUAACUUUGCAAAUCAGGUGUCUAAUACGUUCCGCAAUUACCCCCAACGCUUCCGAAACCGCGAGGCAGGAGUAAUAUUGAACAAGAAGGAUAUAGUUAUUAAAAAUGGACAUUAUCAGGUUGAUUCAGAAGUCUUCCUGUUUCCAUGGAAGUUUGCCCAUAGGAACAUUGGUCCUGGUUACAUUCCUCGAGGUACUUUUGGAAAGUGCCACCUUGCACAGGACAGAGAAACAAAGAAGCGGAUGGCAUGUAAAUUAAUUCCAGUGGAAUUUUUCAAGCCUGCUGAUAUACAAAUACAAGCACAAUUUCGCCAUGAGAACAUUGCAGAAUUAUAUGGUGCCUUACUGUGGAAUGAAACCAUACAUCUCUUCAUGGAGGCAGGAGAAGGAGGUUCUGUUGCAGAAAAAUUGGAAAGUUGUGGGCCAAUGAAAGAAUUUGAAAUCAUAUGGUUGACCAAACAUGUCCUCAAAGCACUUGACUUUCUGCAUUCCAAAAAUGUAAUACAUCAUGACAUUAAACCCAGUAAUAUAGUUCUCAUGUCAACCAAGGCAGUGCUGGUAGAUUUUGGCCUUUCUGUCCAGAUGACUGAAGAAACCUACAUUCCCAGAGACAUUAGAGGAACAGAGUUCUAUAUGAGUCCAGAAGUUAUUACCUGCAGAGGCCAUUCAACAAAGUCAGAUAUCUACAGUCUUGGUUCUACAAUCAUCCAUAUGCAGACUGGGAAUCCACCUUGGGUGAAGAGGUAUCCUAGGUCAGCUUACCCAUCAUACCUCUACAUUAUCCACAAGCAAGCUCCACCAUUAGAAGACAUUGCAGAGGAGUGCAGCCCUGCCAUGAGGCAGUUUAUUGAAGCCACUUUGGAGAGAAAUCCAAAGCAGAGGUGGUGUGCAGGACAGUUGUUAAAACAUGCAGCACUUAGCCCUCCACCUGAAGACCAACCACGCUGCCAGAGUCUUGACUCAGCUCUCUUUGAAAUAAGUCGCACCUUUAGGAGAAAAGAGCUGGAGUUACCAGAACAAAUUUGUGAUACUUCUGUGAGCAGCACUGAAGAAUCAACUGUAGGGAAAAGGAAUCGCUCUCUCUAUAUUGACCUCGGUGCCUUGGCUGGAUACUUCAACAUCAUCAGGGGUCCUCCUGGGGCAGAAUAUGGCUGAUUUUCAUUCCCUUCAUCUGCUGGUUUCACAGUGUUGUAAAGAUCAAACGUUGGCAACUACCUGUUGUAGAUUCAGUGGAGUCAGACUGGGUGAGGAGUCACUGAACAUUUCAUCAUUGUGAUAAUAGCAUUAAGAAAAAAAGUUUUUUUUUAAGUGUUGAAUUACUAACUUUUUUUUAGUUAUCAUCCCCAUUGUAUGUUUCCUUAGUUUGAAAGGUGCAGUGAUGGAAGAGUGCAGUGUGAAGAAUGUGAAUGAUGCCUAACUGUCUACCAUAACAAAAGCACUGUCACUUCUUUUCAUCUGUUAUACUUAAUAAUUUGGUUGAUGGAUAAAUGCUCUCAGUCCCCUUCUUUGCUUUCAGUGAUUAUCGCUGAUUAAUGUAUUUCUCUAAUGGAAAAUUUAUUCAAAAUGAUGAGCAUAGACUUGUCAGAAUACAUGUGUUCCUAUGGAAAUAAGAACAUGUAUGUAAUAAAUGCCAUGCAGAUGACUAAAUUGCACACAGUGUGUGCUGUGGGUUUACAGUAACCCAGUAGCUCUGUAAACAUAAUGAGCUGAUAGUUCUGUACACCCUAUGGGAUGGUUAAGCCUCUGCUUUGUUCUGCAAAGGACUUGUUAAGCAAUAAUGAAAAUAUAACAUGCAUUAGCAGCAUGUUGUGUCUUACAGUUAUAUUUCUUUGGCUGCCAAAAGGAAGGUAGCAAUUUUAGGUAGCAUAACACCUAACAUGUUGUUGUUAGCCUAUUUUAACAUUUUUACUGAUUAACAUAUUUUGUUUUCUUUUGGAAGUCUCUGAGAAAAUUUGCAGCUGACCUGAACUAAUGUUAAUUUUUGUGCUCAUGCCUGCAAUAUUCAAAUUGUUGUUCUCCCCUCCCCCUAUCUGGAACAAUGCAACAAUGUGGUUGUGCUAUUGGAUUCGUGAUUAAUGGUCUGAAUUAAUACUGCAGAGAAUAUUUGACAAUUUGUGAAUAUGAAUUAAUCUAAUGAGAAGUUUAGAUACAAGAAAAGAUGACCAUGAAGCCAUAAGGUUGUCAUAAUAACCCGACUCUUUCAUUAGUGUAUCCUUCAGGGAAAGAAACCUGUUGUUAUCCAUUUGGUGCAUCUAUAACUCCACCAAGGCAAUUGCCUCUUAACUUUCCACUGAAGUGACUAAGCAAGUCCACACUAUUGCAUUAAACUGCCUAAAAAGACGCACCAAUAUCAUCUCAGGGAAACUAGAGAUGGUCAAUAAAUGCUAGGUUCUCUUGUAACGGCAAAACUCUGAGAAUGAAUUGAAGAAAUGCAGACAAAGAUAUUUGUCUAAAUAUUUCAGUGCAUAAUUCAAGCUGGUUAGUCUAGCCUGGUGAGAUUUACUGUGUAUUACUGAAACCAUGGAUUUGAAUCUUGCAAGCACUUACCGUAUAUAUUUUGCUCCAUGUCGGGUAUGGGUUUUCUCACUCUGUUUACGCAAUGCUGUUGUACAUUUUAAUAAAAAAUGUCCAAGA